AUGCUACCUGCGGCGGAGGGCGCGGCGCCUAAGGCCGAGGUUCGAAUAAAGAGUCAGAUUACGAACAAAGAACGUAUUGAUCACAGCAAUGUGGUGUUCUGCUCGUUAUGGGCAUAUGAAGAAACUCGUGCCCAAGUUGAACGUGCUGUUGAGGACCUACAGUCACGUCUUUCAGAUUCAUCUUAG